AUGCUCCUCCCUGCGCUCUGCCCGCCCCCUCGCCGCGCCCCCCUUCCUCCCUCCCUCUUCGCCUCCCCGCCCGCUUCUCCCUCACAACAGGCCACAUCCUCACACUCCGCCCUCCUCGCCACAUGUCACGCCCUGCAGAGCAUGCUCGCCUCGCCGCAGCCGCAGCCGCAGACGCAGCUUCCCACCCCGCCAAUGCGACACGUCCCGCUGCCGUCGCCGAUGAAGCUGCGUCUGCGGUCGUCGACGUCGCGGCCGUCGUCGAGUGAUGCCAGCGCUGCGGUUGUUGCUGAGGCGCCGCUGCCGGUGAAGCCGAUACCGAGGAAGAGGAUAGUGAAGCGUGCGCCGCCGAGGGGGGCGGGGAAGAGGCGGAGGGGAGUGGUGGAGGAGGAGGAGGAGGAGGAGGAGGAGGAAGGGCCGAGGACGCCGAAGAGGAGUAGGGGUGUGCCGGAGAUGAUGCCGUUGGGGCUUGUGAGGGGGGACUUUGAGAGGUUACAUGAUGCGCAUCAGUAUCGGAGUGAGGGGGUGAAGGCGGAUGCGCUGGGAAUAGUAGGAGGCCCAGUGGGGGAGACGUCUGAGGUGGUGGAGGAGGGUGAGGGCGAUGAGGGGGAGUGGACGAAUGAGGAGGAUAGGGUGCUUGUUGAACUUGUGUUGCAGAAACUGAGGCUGAGUCGACGGGAGUGGAUGGACUGCGCGAAGAUGGUUGGGAGGGAUAGGCGGAGUGUGGGGAGGAGGUGGAGUAGUCUCGUUGGGGGAGGGGAGGUGGGGUUGAAGAGGAGGGGUAGGGAGAGGGCUGAGUUGCCUGGGACGUGGCGGUAGAGUGCUGGUUGGUCAUGGGUGGGUUGGGUUUGGAGUUUGGGGCAUUACGGAGGAUAUCCCGUCUACGGACGAUAAAUGCUAUUUGGGCGGCUACAUCAUAUAUUUAUUUAGUCACGGAUUACUUCCAUCAAUCAUAACUUUGGUUCUCUUCGCA